CUGAAGGUCUGGAGAAGCGGAGGAGCAGAACAACACCGUUUAUUCCGCCGCGUUUGGGCCGCUUUUCGGCUCCGAUCCGCUCCGCCGACGCGCUCGGGCUCGAACCGGAGACGUGCAGGGCGCAGAUCAGAUCGGGGCUGGGGUUUCUUUUCUUUUUUCUGUUUUUUUUUUUCUUUUUUUCUUUCUUUUUCUUUUUCUUUUUUUUUUUUGCUGGGAUCCCGAGCGGGUCCCGCAGACAGUGUGACAGCCUCCAGCCCGCAUCUCUUCCCCUUUCUUUGCUCCUGAAGCAGGAGAGCCCGGAGGCCGUGCGGUUCCUCUCGCAGCUCCUCCUGGAUUUGUUGGUGUCCAUCUCGGAUGCGAGCGCGCGCGCGCGGCGCCUCGGAACCUGCGCGCUUCGGGUGGGAUUCGACCCUCUCCCUCUCUCUCUCUCCGGGUGUCUGACGGCGCAGAUUAAUCCGCCGCAGUAAUGCUGAGGGAAUAUUUUCGCCUGUUGAAACGCCGUGAAGCGCAGAAGAUCUCCUCCUCCGUCACUCAGAGCUGAUCUUCUCUCUUCAGAUUUCAGGGUGGAGUAAAAAAAAAAACAUACAAAAAAUAAAACAAGGCCAAACAUGGAUCAAACUUGGGCCUGGAACUAACUACAAGACAACAUUUCUUUCUUUUCUUUCCUACAUUUCUUUAAAAGAGGUUGCAGUGCCAUGAUGACGGAGUGGUGAUGAUGAUGAUGAUGAUCUUAAUGAUGAUGGUGAUGAUGAUGGUGGUGGUGAUGAUGGUGAAGUGGGUUUGAUCCAAAAUGGAGCUCCAUGGAGUUUGAGCACGAGAGGAAAUCUGUGUCCUGGUCAGGGGGGUGGAGGGGAAAAGGAAGAUAGACUAUUAUUAUUAUUAUUAUUAUUAUUAUUAGUGUCAUCAUUUAUUAUUAUUAUUAUUAUUAUUAUUAUUAUUAUUAUUAUUAUUAUUAAUGCAUACAAACAGGGAAAUAAAGGACAAAAAGAGAAGGAGGAGAAGAAGAUAAUCGAGUGGAGAACAUAAUGUUCCUGGCCUGGUUUGGAGAACUUACACGGAGUAUCUAAAGGGCCUUCUAGGUGGAUGUGGAAAAAAAGGAACAAGUGGAGAACGUGACCAGGCCUGGGUUGGAGGAGAAGAACUCAAUGAGAAGAACUAGAGAAUAUAACUUGCCUGACCUGGUUUGAGGAACUUUGUAGAGUAUCUACAGGGCCUUCGUAGUGGACUUAAGGAACAAAAAGAAGUUGAGGAACAAGUGGAGAACAGAACAGGCCUGAGCUGAAGGAGCCGAGCCAAAGGGAAGAAGAAGAUAAUCAAGAGGAGAACGUAUCUCAGCUUUUCUCAGGAAUUGAGAAGAUCAAGAAGUCGACUCGGGAAUCUAAGAGGCCUUGAGUGGAGGACUUGACUUAAAAAAAAAAAGAUCAACUAGAGAACAUAACGUGCCUGUUCUGGUUUGGAGAACUUGCUAUCUAAAAGGCUUUCUAUGAGGACCUAAGGGAAGGACAUAACCGGUGUGGACAAAGAAAGGAGGAGUGGAGAACCUGAGUGAAAAAGGAAGACCUACCUAGGUGUCCUGGCUUGGAGGACAUAACAAGACAAGAAGAAGAAGAGGAAGAAGCGGGAGUGAAGCAUGGGCUGUGCCUCCAGCAUCCAUAUCUCGGAUCGGGUGGUGUAUCACAGUGGAAAAGAGUCCGAGGACUGCCCCCCACACUCCCCCCCACAAGGCAACAACACCCAGAACUGCCCCAUCAAGGCCUCUGAGUACAAGAGCUCACUGACCGAGGUACAGUUUGGACCAAUGAAGUUAUAUGAAGAUCAGAUUCAGGUACUGUUGGUGUUCAGUAGAGAGGACAGUCAGAGUGGGGGUUUCAGCAGUGCAUGUGAGAAGGCGGGGUUUAAGUUCAGCGUUGCUCGGUCACCUGAUGCUGCGCUGCACUGCUUCCUGGAGAAACACCAUGACAUCAUCAUCAUCGACCACCGACAUUCCAGAAACUUCAAUGGAGAGCAGCUCUGCCGCUCCAUCCGUACUCUCAGCUCCUCUCAGAACACUGUUAUUGUUGCUGUUGUGAAAAGGCCAGAUCGUGAAGAAGCCACUGUGAUCCCUCUGUUGUCUGCUGGAUUUAACAGGCGCUAUAUUGAGAACUCCAAUGUGAUGGCCUGCUACAAUGAGCUCAUCCAACUCCACCAUGGAGAGAUUCGCACUCAGAUCAAACUCCGAGCCUGUAACGCCAUUUUUACAGCGCUAGAACAGAGUCAGGAUGCUAUUGAGAUCACCAAUGAAGACCAGCUAAUACAAUAUGUGAAUCCGGCAUAUGAGAGUGUGAUGGGGUAUCAGCACGGAGAGUUAAUGGCAAAGGAGAAUAUUGAAGUGCCUAAAAGUGAGAAGAACAAACCAGACCUGCUUGAAAGCAUCAACUCCUGCAUCCGCAAGGGCAAGGAAUGGCAGGGUCUUUAUUAUGCCAAAAAGAAGAACGGUGACAGCGUGCAACAGAAUGUGAAGAUCACACCUGUCAUUGGACAGGGAGGUAAAGUCAGACACUAUGUGUCCAUAAACAGGCCUUUAAACGACAAUAACAAGUCUGAACGGUCAAGUGAACGAGUCCAGGCUGAAUCACAGACAGACAUUCAGUCCAGUAAACAUAAAGACCGGAGGAAAGGAUCGCUAGAUGUACGAUCAACUACAUCACGAGGGAGUGAUGGAAGUUCUCAAAGGAGGCACUCGUCUAUGGCAAGGAUUCACUCCAUGACCAUAGAAGCUCCCAUCACUAAGGUGAUAAACAUCAUUAAUGCAGCUCAGGAGAGCAGUCCGAUGCCGGUGGCUGAGGCUCUGGACCGAGUGCUGGAGAUUCUCAGGACGACGGAACUCUACUCACCUCAACUUGGCACCAAGGACGAGGACCCACACACCAAUGACCUUGUUGGGGGGUUAAUGACGGAUGGGCUGCGCAGGUUAUCAGGGAAUGAGUACAUCUUCUCGGCGAAACAGCCACAUCACAUCCCGAGUCACCUGACCACGCCUCUGUCUCUGAACGACAUCCCACCGCGAGUUGCACAAACGAUGGAGAACGAAGAAUCUUGGGACUUUGACAUCUUCAGCCUGGAGGCGGCAACCAUGAAAAGGCCGCUGACGUAUCUGGGGCUGAAGAUCUUCUCGCGAUUUGGGGUGUGUGAGUUCCUGAACUGUUCUGAGGCAACAUUGCGCUCGUGGCUCCAGGUCAUCGAGGCUAAUUACCAUGCCAGCAACUCGUACCACAACUCCACCCACGCCGCAGACGUGCUGCAUGCCACCGCCUACUUCCUGUGCAAGGAGCGUGUAAAGCAAAGUCUGGAUCCGAUUGAUGAGGUAGCAGCUCUGAUCGCGGCAACGGUACACGACGUCGAUCACCCGGGACGAACAAACUCCUUCCUGUGCAAUGCAGGAAGUGACCUCGCUAUUUUAUACAAUGACACAGCGGUGCUGGAGAGUCACCACGCCGCACUCGCCUUCCAGCUCAGCACACGGGAUGACAAGAGCAACAUCUUUAAGAACAUGGAGAGGAAUGAGUACCGGACGCUGAGGCAGGCCAUCAUUGAUAUGGUUCUCGCCACUGAAAUGACCAAACACUUUGAACACGUCAACAAAUUCGUCAACAGCAUCAACAAACCGCUUGCUGCCUUGGAGGAAAAUGGGAAUAACAGUGAUGACGAUGUGAAAGGCAUCCUCAGUGUGGCGGAGAAUCGGAUGCUGGUCAAGCGGAUGCUGAUAAAGUGUGCUGACAUCUCAAACCCCUGCAGGCCGUUGCAGCUCUGUAUCGAGUGGGCGGGGCGUAUCUCUGAGGAGUACUUCGCUCAGACGGAUGAAGAGAAAAGACAGGGUCUGCCCGUGGUAAUGCCUGUGUUUGACCGGAACACCUGCAGCAUUCCUAAAUCUCAGAUUUCCUUCAUCGACUACUUCAUCACGGACAUGUUUGACGCCUGGGACGCUUUUGCUGAUUUCCCGAAUCUCAUGCAGCAUUUAGACAACAACUUUAAAUAUUGGAAAGGUCUGGAUGAGCGCAAAUUACACAGCCUGAGACCACCGCCGGAUUAGUUCAUCACACACACACACACACACACACACACACACACACACACACACACGCACACACACAGAGUGAACACUACGGCUACGGUCUCUCUUUCUCAUGGACUAAAUAAAGGCGUCUCUCUAACCCUGGACUUUAUAAUGGUGUGAGACUCGACGCCCCCUGCUGGUUUAAAUGAACAUACACUCGGACUACACGUGUGGCCUUCCUGCACACGGCUUUACAGGGUGUGUGUGUGUGUGUGUGUGUGUGUGUGUGUGUGUGUGUGUGUGUGAAGAGCAUCAGGAAACACUAAGAUCAUCGCACCUCACUCUGAUCCUCUACUCAUCCGUUCACUCAUUUGUCUGUAUUUAUUUUUGUUCUUUUUGUUCUCUCCUUUGUUGUUCCACACUAAUCAUUAAUGAUGUGAGUGAUUUGUAGCUAAACCGAUGAAUCUCUGAAGCCAAAGCUGAUUAACACGCACGAACAAUAAUCGUACGACUCAUGACAUAAGCAUAAACAUGUCUAUUUUUUUAAAUGAAUGACAUUACUUCCUGUUGCGCUGUGGAGGGUUGGGCAUGUGCCGAUCAUCGGUUAGACGAGAUAUCACGAUAUUCAACACGCACAAUAUUAUCUUUAACAAAUCUCAUUCAGGAGGAGGCUGGGUAGGUGGAGACAUAACGCUUUUCUCAAAUGGGCCUGAGUUUGGAGACUGUGAGAGCAGGAGGUGUGUGUGUGUGUGUGUGUGUGUGUGUGUGUGUGUGUGUGUGUCCCUCAGAGAAGAGGCAAUUCUGUUCUCUUUCUUUCCUUUCUUUUGAUUUUCAUAUCAUUUUUUUCUUUAGUUCUUUUUUAGUUGUCUUUGCUGACAUCUUUCUUUCUUUUCAUUCUACUUUUCUUUAUUUUUUAUCUUUAGUUUGUUUUCUUUCUUUUAAUUUUAUUUUUGCUUUUCAUCCUUUUUCUGUUUUUCAUUUUUGUUUGCAUUUUGUCAUUCUUUCAUUCUCUUGCUAUUUCUUUUGAUUUUAAUUGUCUUUAUUUUCUACAUUUUUUUACAUUUUCUCUAUUUUGUCUUUUUUCUUUCUUUUUCCUUUCUUUCAAUUUUCUUUUUCUUUACUUUUUAUCUUUUUUUAUUUUUCUUUCUUUCUUUUCAUGAUUUUAUUACAUCUUCCAUCUCCAGCUUCAUUUGUUCUUUAAUUCUCCAUUACAUUUUUUUUCCUUUCUCCUCUUCCUCUUCCUUUCUGAUGAAAGAACGUGGCAGACGUCUUGCUGUUGUUCCAAUGUGGUGUCGUGAUUUUAUUAUAUUACCGUGAUUCAAUGUUUCGGUGGUUAGAAUGAUAUGAAUUUGAUAUCGGCACAUGCCUAAUCAGAUGUGAACAAUGGAUGGAGUGUGUGUGUGUGUGUGUGUGUGUGUGUGUGUGUGUGUGUGUGUGUGUGUGUGUGUGUGUGUGUGUGUGUGUCCCCAGAGCCUCAUGGGAAGGCAGAGUGUUGCAGCAUGGCGAGAAUCUGUGAAACGUUAACCGUGUCUUGGACUUGAAUGAUUUUUUUCCCAGUGAGGGUUUUUGUAUCCGGUUUAUCCUACUGAAGAGACUGCCUUAUUUUAUACGCUAUUUAUACAGCACAGCCCACUGUCUCACUGCGUUGGACACCUGUCUCACUGCGUUGGACACCUGUCUCACUGCAGUGGACAUCCGGACACGUUUGUAAUAACACACCGCUGUAACAGAACGCUGAGUAAAGCUCCAUAUUUUUGUAUAGACUCUGAAUUUUACACUGGAAAAAAACACGAGCAGCAGCCGAGGAGGAAGUCCAGGAUGAUGAUGAUGGGUCACGGCGAUGAAGAAGAAGCUACAUGGAUCUGUGUGACAUGUUAAAGGUGUAAAGCAAACUUUUAUUCUGAAUUGCAGAAUAUAAAGGAGUUUUCUCUCA